GUUUGUAUUUGUUUUAAUUUUGUUCAACAUUGUAUAAUUCAUAAAUGUUUUUAUUCAUUAUAUGUCAUCUCUUUAUGAGGCAAAGUUUUAUAAAUCACAAAAAGUAACUAUUUGCUCUAUAAAAAGUUAAUUCAAAAUUUCAUCAGUUAUUUCGCCGUGGUUACUUCCUGGUUGAGCGACCUCUUCCUUCCGAACACUCAAUGACGUGCAGGGUUUUUGAAAAAAUGACACGUGGAUUUCUCCAGCAUUCAGUGACAUCAGGACAGAAUUUACCCUUUCCGGUCGCCAAUUCUAGUCCCGGCUUUUCCUUGGCAAGAUAUGCGUCUCCGAACAUCGACACUACACCGUGUCUUCCUGCCUUCUUUCCCGGGAAGAAACUGAUCAACUGUCGAGGCUGCCGCCAACAUCAUAACGCGUUGAAUGGCAGUUAUUCAAAAACAUGGCAAGAUUUAUGGUCCAGAUUUGCUCUGUCACAAGGAGAACCAUUCGGUCGAAAAGAUCGGAGUCCCUGGAUGUCACAAGAAGUGGACAGAACACAACAAUAACUGGCCAAGGUCAGUUGCGAGAGUGUGGACAGUGGUGCUCCUGCUUGGUACGUGCCUCCUCUACUGUGCCCGGGUUGCAACGCCCAUCUGUGCAGUCAGCAUGGCGGAGAAGUUCAAAUGGAGCAAACGGGAGUCUGGCAUGGUCCUGGGCAGCUUCUUCUGGGGUUACUGCUUCACACAAGUUUUUGGAGGAUAUGUCAGUGACAGGGUGGGUGGAGAAAAAGUCCUCCUACUCUCUGUUGCUGCAUGGGGCUCCAUUACUGCCUUCACUCCCAUCUUGGCUCAUUUCUGCUCCCAGCCGAUCUUUUCCAUGACACUCUCACGCUUUCUCAUGGGCCUUUUACAAGGUGUUCAUUACCCUGCUUUGGCAAGCCUGUGCUCUCAAAAGGUGGUGGAGAGUGAGCGAGGCUUCCUUAUGAGCACUGUGAGCAGCGGCUCCUACCUGGGCACCCUUAUGAUUGGUGGGGCUGGUUCCCUCAUGCUGGAACUCUAUGGCUGGGAGAGCGUCUUCUAUGUGUCUGGUAUGCUGGCAGUAAUUUGGGCCUAUUGCAUGUGGAAAUACUUACUCAGAGGCGAAGGACCUAUUAUCACUCUGGAAUCCCUGGGUAGAGGUGGUCCACAGUCCAAACUGACCAAAAGGCAUUGGUUACGGCUCUUCAAACAACCUGCAGUCUGUGCUGUGAUCAUUACGCACCUUUGCGCAGUGAGCACCUUCUUCACAUUGUUGUCAUGGCUGCCAACCUUUUUUAAAGACAUGUUCCCUGAUGCCAAGGGUUGGGUGUUCAAUGUCAUUCCUUGGUUGGUGGCCAUCCCUUCGUCGGUCUUGAGUGGCUACCUCUCCGACCACCUCAUCAGUCAAGGCUUCGAAAUAGUCUCAGUGAGGAAGUUAAUGCAGUUUUUCUCCAUGGGGGUUUCCAGUGUGUUCACCCUGCUUCUGUGUGGAAAUACCACAUUUUCCUGGGCUGUAGCAUACGUGUCUGCCACAAUGGGCCUCACCACCUUCUCUCACAGCGGUGUAUCAGUAAAUGUUCAAGAUCUUGCUCCAUCAUGUGCAGGGGCCUUAUUUGGUGUUAUGAACACAUGCGGCUCAUUCUCAGGGGUCCUUUUGGUGUAUUUCUCAGGGUAUCUCAUUGAGUCCACAGGCUCAUGGACAUCCAUGUUUGGCCUCAUCACUGGUGUAAACCUACUGGGGCUGUUCAUCUUUUUGGCCUUUGCUGAGGCCCGCCGUGUCGACAUCGAGCCCAACAAGAUACGCCAUCACAACAUACACAUCUGAAUGCUCUGGACCACUCAGAACUCGACUGGAUGGUGAAGAGAUGCUAAAUCCUCCAUUUGGGAGGUCUGUCUAUCUCUUUCUCUUCAUUUGUCGCUAAACUCACAAAAACAUCUCGCGUCAUUUUACUCAUAAGGCACACAGCAGUGUCUGCCUAUUGUUGCUCACUUAGAAACACAAACUGGAAUCCUAAAAAGACCACAGUGGAGUCAGGGACAGUGGCGAGUGGUAACGAUUUUUUGGAUGAACAAAAAAGCACAUCAUGGUUAAGUGGGUCAAGCUCCACUUUUCGUUUUAUACGGUCAUGAGUUGAUAGUAGUAAAUGAUAAGAUAUCAUGAUGUCAUGAUCACACAUCAUGAACGCAUAUCAUAUUUAUCUCUGGCCUCUUUUAAUGCCUCUGAUUUUGUAUACAAGAAACAAACAGAAUCGCAGACAAAAGAGACAAAUUAGAUGUCAAACUAAAAAAGUCCGGCGGACACAUUCAUGAGCUAGAGGGUCACAAUUCUGUAGGCUUCAAUGAUAAUUAUGACUUGCCCUGUCGAACUAUUAGAACCUUUGUUGCAUUUGACACGCCACUCCAUUCUAUGAUAGUCAUAGUUUUUGAGUUGCGUGCCUUUGGUAACCUUUGAAUUCUUGGAAGAAAUAGUGGAAAUUGUAACCUGUCUAAGAUACCUCUUUUGAUACCUCAUUUUUGUUUGUUUGCUUGUUUGAAUUCUUAGGGGACUGUAUACAAAGAAAAAAAGAUUAUAUUAUUAAUAUAAAGAAUAUUAUGUAAUAUAUUUAAAUGAUAUAAAGUCAUUAGCUGACACUGAAAGUGUUAGAUGUCCCAAUCAUUUGAACAAGGAGAGAUUGCAAUGAAUGAUCAUGUUUCAGGUCUGUUGACGGGAGUAGAUGUUCAAUCCAUUUUCACUGGGAGGGGCUGACAAUGAAUGAUGGCUUCCAGACCCCUCAGCCAAAAUAAAGUGGAUGUCUAUCACUGUCAAUGGCAGUCAAUGAGUUCACAUUGGUUGCUUGCUUCACAAAUAGUGGUAGUGCUUGCUCUGCAACAUGCCUGUAAUUGGCACCAGAUUGAAUAGACAAAUCGGCGUAUUAUGACUGUUUUAACAAAUAGUGUUUUUAAUGUGGAUGUGGGGGCUGGCAAUUCAUAUAUUUACAGAACAGGCCAAAUGUUUGGACACACCUCAUUCAAUGCACCACAAAUGAUGGUCUCAACAUUGUGAUGAUAAAGCAGGAAACACCAUUAAUCAACCCUGAUAAAUAAGCAACACUUCUGGUCACUACCUCUUCAAGCCCAUCGAGAGAAUACUAAGUGUGUGCAAAAAAGUAGUCUGAGCAAAGGCUGGCUACGUCGAAGAAACGAAUAUAAAAUGCUUCAGUUCACCUUUUUUUUUAAGGUAGUGAUAAAAAUACACGAAGCAUGAAUGAAAAGGUGUGUCUACAUUUUUGGCCUACAGUGUACAUAUAUAUAAGGACAUACACAGUGCAUAUAAUUAUUGAGUACACCCCAACUGAUAUUUCAGAAAACUUCGGUUUUCCUUUCAUAAACAACAUUUUGAACGGGAAAUGACAAAAUCAUCCAAUAAACUUGGGCAGUUGAUUUACAGCAAGAUUAAUUUGCACUGUCAAAAAAAGAUGUUUUAUCAAAUAUGUAAAGAUAAAUACACCCUCAUGAAACCAUUUGGGCAAAGGCAGACAACUUUUGCUAACAAGAUUUCAAUCACCAAUUAAUGUAAUUAUUCAUUACACAGUUGUCAGGCAAACAGGUGACUGUAAAAGCGGUGAUGACUAAUGAGGAAACCCCUCAACACUUCAUGCUGACAGCAAUGGCACCACAUGGACGAGAAAUGUCUCAAGAUCUCAGGAAGAAAUGUAUUUUCACAGAAAGGGUAAAGACUAUAAAAAGAUCAUUAAAGCUUUUCUUGUUCGUCAAAACACUAUUAAAAGUGGUGGAGAAAUUUAAAAAAGAUGAAAAUACAAUAAUUUCAGUUGGCUGUCCAAGCCGUCCAAGGAAUUUACCGUCUCAACAGGAGAGUCAGCUGAUGAGAAAGGUAGAAAAAAUUUGCUACGCAAGUUCGCUGGCUCAAUAAUUAGUUAUUAUUAAUUAAUAAAGCCAAACCAGGAUGACUCUUUACUAUCACACAAUAUGGCGCUCACAGCAGAAGAGUGACAUGCAGGAUGCAUUAACCCUAACCAUCCACGUAGGAGCUGUCCUUAAGCCAAUGCUAAAAUAAAGCCAUAAAUAAUAGCCUACACCGAAAAGCUCCUGUUGCCUUUGUAAAACACUGAGGUAAUUGCGUCCUUAUACAGGGCUGCGUGUGUGCUACUGCUGUUGUGGAGUUUUAUUAAAUUGACAGAAUCUUCAACUCUUAAAUGUACUGUUGUAUUUUAAAAGAGAAAAUGCUACCAUCACUUGAUCGUUGUUCAGUUUUCCGACAUGAUAACGAACGCCAAACAGAGUCAAGGAUGAGUAGCACUUUUUAAGAACAAGAUCAGAUUGAUUCAGUGUCCAACAGUUCUCCUGCUCUCUGAUUGAGCACAUGUGCGGAAUUCUGAAGAGCGUAAUUGAGCGUCGCUAUCCCAACAUUAAGACUUGAAAACAGAACAUUCUUGAAGAAUGGAAGAAGAUAAUGUAAUCUGUCAGAAACUUGUUCAUUCAAAGCAUUGAAGACUUGAUGUUCUUAAAAGUAAAUGGAAAUUAUAUGAAAUAAUAGCUAUGGCAGCUUUCGUUAGGGGUGUAUCCACUUUUGCACCAACCAGUUUACAUAAAAUUGGCAUUUUUGGCAUUUUAUAAAAAUCGGUUAUGUGUAAAUACUGUUCUUGUAUUAAGAUACUGAUUAAAAUCUGACUUGAGGGGUAUACUCAAUUAUGAUGUGCACGUGUGUAAUAUAUUGUAUACUGUAUAUACACAGUACAUAUAUAUAAAAGCCUUCAUUUUGUAGUGCAAUUUGUUAAUCCUGAUAAUGGCAUAGAUGUUAAUCUGUGAUAGGUUUGAAUUUUGCAGAAAAGGGAGUGAAUAGUUCAUCAUUUUGCAAAUCUGAUUAUUUAAUUUGUUUUAACAAUUGAGACCAAAAAUGAUGGGUGUUGUGAAUUAAGAUUUUCAGCCUUAGUUGAGGUCUGCACUUUGGAACAGGAUAAUCGAGGUUCACAACGGGAAUGGUUCUGCAACGUCACUAAUAUUUGAAUGUCAUUCCAGUCACAAAAUGUUUUAAGUUUUUUUGUUCUGCAUGUGCCUUGUGUUUUUUCUAAAGUAUUAGUGACGGCAGCGUCUUGUAUUUAUCCUAUAAUGUUUAGUGCCCAUCCCCAUUGUUACACAUUCUAUUGUGGUGAGGUGAAGUGGCCAAAUAUGAAGUAAUGCGCGUGUCUAACACGUUUGUAGCAGAAAAACCAAAGUUGCUGAAAAUUUACUUUUUAACGGAGAUUUUUUUUAUUUAUAUCAAUUUUAGUAUUAGUGCUGUCGAAAUACUUAUUUUGAAUACCAUACUUAUAUAUUUUUAUGGCUAAAUAGUUUUUGGUAUAUUUUUUCAGAGAAUGAAUAUAUUAAGUUGACACGGCGGAGAUGGGGACGGUAAUGUAAACAACUUGCUUUGGUGGAAGCAGGUAUCAAGAUGUCAAAGUCAAUAUCUUUUUUAUGUAUGUGUUUAGUUCAUUAUUAUUUUGUUGUUUUUUUUUUUUUUGGAGAGAUGACUUGUGUUUCUUCACUCUGUCCUUAACAUUCGACCUUUGGUGAGAAUGUUGCACACUGACUUAAUGAAUGUUGCAUAACUUCCAUGAAAAUGGGAGACUUAUCAGUUUGUACAACAGAAACCUGUUUGUGUUCUAGUGUCGCACAUUAAGAAAAUGAAAAUUAGUGCCUCUGGCUUUUUCUCUUCCAGGUCGGAGUUUUCAUUUGUAGUUCAGGUGCUUACUUAACUGUCAAUCUAUGCAUUAAUGCUUUUGUGCCUGCUUGGUGGUCACAGUGAUGUGAUCAUUGUGUCGCUACAUAUCAUUUUGACAUUCACAUGCAAAGUCGUACGGUAACUUUGUAUGCAUCUUGUGAUGGACAUUUUGUAAAUGCAUGCUACAUUUGUUGUUACAAAAAGACUAAAUAGUGUUGUAUCAUAGUGAAAAAUGUUUUCCACUCUCAAAAAUCCUCUGUUGGUUCUGCUAUGCAAAUGGAAUCAAGCUUGGUUACAGUACUACAUCACAACAUAAUAUAUCACAGUCUCAGAUUGGGCAUCUGCUGUAUCUUAUUUGACUCAAUAUGAAUGCCUUUUCAUUUUAUAGCAUUGGUUUCCCUUCCCAUUCUGUUAUCUUGCAAAUUGUAGCAGUUCUGCAAAAAGUUGCUCAGUAUAGUUCUGAGAGCUUUCCUUACUUUUGAUAUAUAAAAUCCAACAAUGUGUCACGGCAAAAUGACAGUAAAUGUUUUAAUUUUUAAAUUAUGCUUUUAUUUAAAGGCAUGUCUUUUGAAUAAAAAAAAAAAUCUGACAACACAUGAAUUUCCUGCAAUAAUUAAAUCAUCUACAUGUUGUUUCUGUAAAAUUCCACUAAGUGGCAGUAAAAGGUUGAUUAAGGCCAUGGCAAUGUUGGAGGCCUCACUGUAACUUCUCUGCUGAAAACUGCUAUCGACCUUACUUCAAAACAAAUCUCUGCAUCAACUCUUGAAGUCUUUCUACUGUGUGUCCUGUUCAACUCGUGGGCCACCCCAGGCCAACACCCCAAGUGCAGGCCUGCAAGACUUGACAAUAGUGGUGGCACCAUAUGGCAUUAUACUGGGUGCCAUGCUGUCAAAGCCUGUGUGUGAAUGACCAGACACUAGUUAAGCCAGCCUUCUUCUCAUGGGGCCCAACAGCUAGGUUGCUAUGGUGACAGGUAGCAAUGUCGACAGGGGGAGAAAGGUUGGUAAAAGUAAAAAGAAGUUACAACAAGGUGAACUGUAUACAG